AUGAACGGAUUUGCUGCAGUUCUUGUUUUGUUGGGAGUCUUUUGGACGCAGGCUUCUGCAUUGGAUACUUUUGUCCUGCAAGAACCUGAAAAUGACUACGUCACUGGAACUAUGACUAUCCACAAUGAGAAAAACAUUGCUGAAGUCCAUGUCAAUGCUGGCAUGUACUCCUCCGAUACCAUUUUUGACUACUCACAUGGGUAUAUUGCAACAAGGUUAUUUUCACGAAAUGCCUGCUUUAUCCUGAAGAUAAAUAAGGACUACAUCCCAGAGCUGCAAGAAAUUGGACGCCUGGCUUUUGAGAGAAAGACUAUGAAGACAAUAUACUCUCCAAGUAAGGUGUGGGUAGAGUUUCAAUCUGGCCAUUCCGUUUGGGGGGAUAUCAAAGACUGGAUUCUCUAUGGUAAAGAGAUCGAACAUCUCUGUGCAGGUCUGCCUCUCUACCACCCUGUAAAGAUUCAAUCACCACAGAAUGUUAAUGGCUGUGACACUGCAGGAAUUCCAAGUGUUCUUGUCAUGAAAAUCUGUGAAAAAGCCAAUUAG